ACGGUGAUCGUGCUCCUGUAUCCGUCAGUGGCCCCCUAGAAGAGCCUCGGAGGCUGGGUAGGUGACCAGCAUAGCGGAACGAUCCGAGGCUCCCUCGAUCCCGUCAGAAUACUCGAAAAACUAGCGCAGCACGUUUAGUAGGAUAUUUUGAAUCGUUGCUUACCAUAAACAUUGCCCUGCAGUUCAAAUAAUUCAUGCCAACAUGGACAACUGGGAUAACUGGUCGUCGAUCAUACGUUCCUGUGUAUUAACAUCCAAGACGCCGCUCACGCCCUACGAGAUAAAUCGUGACAUAUAUACACUAGAGGGUAGAAAUGUACCUUACCUCAAAUUCAAUUGUCGCUCUCUUGAAGAGAUGCUGCAAAAGAUCUCGGGUCUCGAGAUAACCACGGUGCAUGGGAGAAUCUUGAUCCAAUCCGUUCCCAGCGAGGAAACCGCACAUAUCGCGAAAAUGGUUAAGCUUCAGAGGUGGUCGAAAAAAAAAUCACGAAUCGUACAUCCAAUUCAUGGCAUUAUCAAAGAAGGUCAUCGGCCACCUCUAAUUCGGCAUCGCAUGGGACCUCGAAGAAGUCAACAAUUCCCCAAUCACUACCCAAACGAAUGUCCUCGAGGUCACGAUUCACUUCACCGACGCAACGUUUUAGUCAAGAAACGUCACCUACCCAACACAACAACACCCAUUCGCGGCGCUCAACACACCACUCCUUCUCCACGAUGCCCCAGUCCACCUUCGCAAAGUCCCAGUUCACCACCUCCGAAUUUGUCGCCGAAGAAUGCAAACUUGGUAUCGUUACACGGGAAAUCAAGCCUUUUGGGACCUGGACCGGCUUCCCCCAAGAAUGCCAAAUCAUCGUCAUCCAUAUCCCAAAGACUGAAUAUGUCCUUGACGCCACAGAUCGCGCGCGCAUCACCGAAUUCGCCAAGUGAUUCACGUCUCCUGUUAAAUAGUUAUACAGAAUCUAAGAAACUGCCUUUGCCAAUAUAUAAAGACUUACCGACUAAAAAUAAGUUUAUAUAUUCGUCAGUUACCGUAAAUUCAAAAAAAUACAGCUCUUAUCCGAAAGAGGCCAAAACAAAAGAAGAAGCUGAAAAGCUCGCAGCGAAAGCAGCUUUAGAUGAUUUACUCGGUCAAGGUACGAAGCCAGCAUCAAUAACGAUCGACAAUAAACUGAUCGAGACGAGGAUAUUGAAGAUCGUUAAUGAUUAUCCUAAUGGCUUAUUCGAAUCGAGCGUUGUCGAGUGUUACACGAGAAAAUAUAGCGAAAGAUUGCCGGAUUAUUGGCUACAAUUGGUCGAACAGUUCGUCACACUCGAAGUCGGGGCGAACAACUUAACUAUUUUAACUCCCCAAAAUAAAUCACAGGCUCCCGUGGCCUUGAAAACUGUUAUCGAGCCCAAAAUACUGAGGUUACAUAACAUGGAAGAAUUUUGGCUUCACAUCUACGUCGUAUACAAUAUCAUGGAGAUCUGGGGAGUCAUCAUCGACGAAAAUCACAGCGACAAAAUCGACGAACUGGCUAAGGAAAUGAAGAAGUAUUACGAUACGCAAGCAAUUGACACACCGGAAGCCAUACCCGGCAAACACUACGCGGUCUUCGAUUCCGAGUGGCACCGCGUGCGUUGCAUCAGGGUCGACGAACGUAGCCAAAUGGCCUGCGUCUUCUUCGUUGAUCGCGGAGACGAGGACUUGUUCCCAGCCAGGCGACUUCGAGCUCUUUGUCCGAAAUUCUGCCAGCUCCCGGAACAGGCGGUGCGGCUCUCGCUGGCCGGCCUCGAGAUCUUCCGCGAUUGCGACGAGGCGCAGACCAUCCUCGAGGAUCUGCUCGUAGACAAGGACGUGUACGUGAGGUGCGUCAAUCACGACCAGCAGUGCACGAAUGCUCUAUCAGCGCAGCUUUAUCUCGAGAGGGACGACAACGAGAUCGACGCUAACGAGCUUCUUCAAAACGAGAUCAUCAAGAAUAUCGUCGAUCCGACUAUUCACAUGAAAUCCGACAAAAUUGCUCAAGACGUUUUUAUUUCAUCAAUUAACGAAAAAGCAGUCUUCAUACAGUUAAAGUCAGAAGGAUUAACAUAUCUCAAGAUGCUAAUGAACGAAUUAACCAAAGAAUAUUUAAAUAAUCCUUCUUUUAAAGCAAAACCAAUUUUGCAAUUUGAUAAAACGAAACUUUAUUUGGUCAAAAGUACCGAGGACAAUAAUUGGUACAGAGUGAAAAUUACGAAAAUUGAAAAUGAUAUUAAAAUACAAGUAUUUUGUAUCGACGAGGGAAAUACGUUGGCUGUUAAAAAAACAAGUUUAAUUCUAUUGGAAGAUAUAUCGGAUUUAUUAGCCGUAUAUCCGAAUCAGGCUGUGCAAGUACGUCUUCAUAAAAUUUCACCAAUAAUGUUUAAUACGAAGAUGGUAAAUCAUUUGCGCGAUUUAGCGCCAAAAACGGACAUUUUUUACAUGAAAGUUAUCAAUAGCGUCGAUAACAUUCCGAUAGUCGAAUUUUACAAGAGGACAGAAAAAAAUUAUUUAGCUUCACUCAACGACACAUUGACACUCGAGCCUGAAAUAAUCUCAAAGGACGAUAAUAAUAAUGCAAAACCAAAUGCCAGAAAUGAUAGAUCGGUAAUGGAUUCGCGUUCUGAAUUUCCACUGAAAGCGCCACACAUUCCUGCGAUUAAUUCAUACUUCGAUGUCUAUAUUGUAAUGGCAGCUCAUCCAGGUAAUUUUAUAGUACAGCCACUUCAAAGCAUACGUGAACUGAAGAAAUUGAUGUCAGAUUUGUCGGAUGUUUGCGAAUCAUACACUGGUUCCCCUAUUACGCCGGGUAGCGUAAAAGUUGGAAGCAUGUACGCAGUGAAAUAUGACGAUGGAAAAUGGUAUCGUGGUUACGUAUCACAAAUUAUCGCCAAAAAUAUUUGCGCGAUACAUUUUUGUGAUUACGGCGAUUACAGAACUGUAUUUCUGGAAAACUUACAACCACUGCAAAAUCAGUUUUAUGAUUUACCAUAUCAAGCUAUUAGAGCUAAAUUAUUCGGUGUAGAGCCGAAAUUAAAGGGCGAUUGGACAGUUACAGAUUCGUUGCGCUUCAAUGACUUAGUUGUGGCGAAAACCUUUGUUUCUGUCGUUCAGUCUUGCGAUAUACAAAAUAUAAAAACUAGUGAAAUAAUUUUAGGAUUAGAAUUAAUAGACACAAGUACAGCCGACGACAUAUAUAUUAGCAAUAUACUUGUUGAUGAAAAUAUAGGAGUCAAAGUUGAGAAACUUAAAGCCUGAAAAGCGAAAUGACAAUAGUAUUAAUAAAUAAGUUAUAUUGAUAUAAAAUUUUUCUAUUUUUUCAAUGGAAAAAGUAUAGCAAAUGCCUGGUUUGGAUAUAUAAUCUACUUAGAUGUAAAUUAUAAAUAUCCUCUAACGGGCUGUAAAAUAUAUUUUUCUAUUUAAGAA